AAUCAGCUGAUUCGUGGCCUAGUGUUUUUCUCAAACAGGCUCUAAUUCGCCGUGUACGUUCGUAACAAAUGAUUCCAUGCGACUUUCGUUGGGCUGUGUGCUUGAGCGCCAGCUUCUAGCUAACAUUCAUUUGUUACGUUGUAAUAUGCUGUCUGGCCAUUGUGGAUCUUGUCCGUGCUAAUUGUUGCCAAUGUAAAGUGCUGGCUUGUUCGCAGUUGACGUUAGCAUUGUAUCAUGACUUCCUUAUGCCGCUGGAAUCACGCCACAAUGCGAAGUGCGGGAAAUGCGAAUAAAAAUCUAUGCAAUUAUAGGCUCAAGUAAAGACACUACUUAAAAAAUCUACUGCGUUGAGGUGAACGAAAGUAGCGAGCUGAAAUAGAGAGUUCUGUUUGACGGUCAGCGAAUUCCCCAGUAGUAGUUUAUAGUUACCGGCUUACUGAAGUCGGGACCAGUGCACCCUUCGACCAAUAGAGAGGCUCGCAUAAACUGUUGGCGACUUAUCAGAAUCAACCGAAGCCAAAAUGACGUUAAUGCAUCUCGUGAACUGCGUGGCGUUAGCCUACGUUCCGUUUAUGUUAACCUAUCGACUAUCAGGUUUAUCUGAUCAUGGCGCAUUCUGGAAGUGCGCCCAGUCUGCUGGAUAUUAUACAGUCUGCCAACUAGGCAAAAUGCUCUUUCUCGCCACAUUUGUUGUGGACUCGGUGCCGCUUUACGGAGAAGCGUUAAAACAUUCACUCGACAUUCUUGAUCUGAUUGUCAUGCAUGCGGCUAUGAAUCGUAUCGGUGUUUCUGGUGAUCUUCGUUUCUUGGUGACUGGUUUUGGAUGGGCGACGGCAGAGCUUAUCUGCACUCGGCUAGUCCCGUUCUGGAUUGGUGCUCGAGGAGUGGAAUUUUCAUGGAAGUAUGUUCAACUCGCGUUGGAAUCAAACAUUUCUCUCGCCCUACAUUUAUCUACCGCUAUGCUUCUCUCACAGUGGAAGGCUUCUGGAUCUGGUAACCGGUCACGCGUUCUUACCAUCAUCUUGUUAGCCCUUUGUUACCGUGCUGCCCUAUUUGACAUGGUAGGAACGUUCGAUGCCUGGACGUUGCUGGGGGUCAAGGCUGCACUUGGGACCGUGGUUGGACUCGGGUCACUCCGCUACACCCUAACCAAUAAUCAUAAAGGAUACAGUAACGUCUUCCAUUGAAGUAUAAGAUCGAAACAAGUACAUACAAAUCAAAUGAAGAUUUUUUAUGAUCCAGUCGUGAUUCAACCGCAGGAACUUUCUAUUCGCUGUGCUUUCUAGUGUGAAGUUGUUAAGUUAUACACAGUUAAAGAUGAUGAUACGAGAUACGUGCUGGCCAUUUCAAUAUUAACCCAACUGCGAAGGACUAGGAAACUGGUCCACUUUCCGUAGUUAGAAUUUGCAAGAAAAUAGCGCUAUCACAUGGUUGAGAUUCUUAGUCUAUUCAUUCCAAACAAUUAGUUAACCAGCAGCAAUUAUACGGAUUGUGUCCCAGUGAAUCCCUAAAUUUUUUGGGCUACGAGUUAUGCAUUGACUCUGAGUACACGCUCAUCUUGGGGCCUUUAAAUCCAUACGGACAACCCAACUACUUACAAAGGGAGGAGGAAAGAACGCUUUCUAAUUCCGGUGUGUCAUUUACUGACGACCUUAGUUUUAAUCCAAUUAAUUAGACCAAAAUGCUCACUAGCAGUCACAAACGUACACUGUUUCCUAAAGAUAUGCGAAGCCAAAUAGGUGACUUUUCGGUAAUCAUUUUUGGAAGAGACCUUUUCUUUAAUACUACUUGCACAUUCUGCCCAUACCUAACAUCGCUAUACAUCGUGAUGCGCAUAUUAAUCUAUAAUUAGGAUAUCCUAAAAAAUAGAUACCGCUUCAAGGUUCACUGAAAUAAUGUAAGCUCUUUCCUCUUUAUUGAAUAUUGAGGCUUGUUAAUCGUCCUGACAAGUGCCGAAACAAAAAGAAUGAUUAUGAAUAUAUUUAAUUGCUUUAUAUAAUCAGAAUCGAAACAGACGUUAAACAUUGCAACUUUACUCAAUCGCAUUAAACAUAUGUAAAAAAAGGUAUGCAUUCUAUUAUUAUUAUAAUUUUGAGUGAUAAGUUUAAGAAACAAGAAAAUGAUUCUUCCGUUGGCUCUUCUAGUGUUUAUGUAUUUUGCCACUGGUUAUUUUAAUUAUAAAAGAAAUUCAUCACUAGACAAGAUAUAGGCUUUAAGUGAAGGCAAUGAUAACAUACAAUAACAACACCAGCUCGGCAAGAAAGCGGUAAAUGUACAUUUGGCGUAUAUUUUAUAAAGUGACUUUUAGCAUUAAUGAACAAAAUUAUAUAAAAACAAAUUCUGGAGCGGAAGUUAACUAGUGGCAACAAGCGAAGGAACAUGAGAACAAUACAUAUAAUAUUUAUCACCACUGUAAGUGUGAAAAAACAUAACUGAAAAUAAACAGCUAUAUAAAAUAUAAAGUAGACAAAUUGCUGUUGUGCAGUUGCCAGUUCUACUUCACAUAGAUUCGGCUACCAAAACCAAGUGAC